AUGAACGUGUUGCAAACGCGGGGUGGCACCUUUGACCCCACCUCGGCAGUCACAGGUAAAGAGACUCAUGAGGAUGCGGUGCGUAUGGAGCUUCAGGCCGAAGCCUUUGAGGCGAACGGGAGGUACAUGGAGUCUCUCCAACUGCUGGAGAAGGCUCUGCACAUUCGCUGCUACUCGCAGAAUGCGAGUUCCACGAUGCCUAUGUAUAUUGGCGAGCUCUGCGAAGCCGCCGAACGUCUUAUAGGGAAGAUCAAUGCAUACGGCGUAAGAUGCUUUAAGGAAGACAACUAUGAGACUGCAUCCACUCUGUUCGAAUAUGGAAUUGAGAUGACGGAGCCCAACGCGUUCCCGCUUCGAGAGGCGGAUGAUCGACGGCGGUAUCUGCGGGGGGUGACGUUAAACAACUACGGUUGUAUGGAGCGACGCCGCGGACAUUUUUCUGACGCUCUUUCUUUCAUAAAACGUUCGAUGGAGUGCACGGGGGAGCAGUCACCUGUGGCGUUUCUCAACAUUAGUGCCGUUCAGACCCAGUUGCGACUGUGCGAAGACGCCGUGAAAAGUGCGAUGCAGGCAAUGCAGAACCUCGGCUCCGCCCCCGAGGACUCCUCACUGCUCGCCUUGGCGCACCACAACCUCGCCAUGGCGCUUGAACCGCUUGAUGUCGUGCGAGCCCUAGAGGAGUACCAGUUGGCGUUGAGUUUGGCGCGGAACACCAUUGGUCACACAAGUGGGACGACACUGACUAUCGAACAAAACAUGACGCGGUUUAUGCAGGCGCACAAGAUAACCGAUGUCGAGAGCCGCGGAGUUGUCACUGCGGAAAACGCCACCCGAGGGUCCAGCCGCACUGAAAGGCUGUCAGAGCACCGGUCGUACUCCAUCUCACCGUGGAAUCAGACCAUUAAACACACGGUGGAACCUUCGGACAUCUUUCCUCACCCCUUCACUAUGAGCGCGGCGGAUCCCGUGGUACGAAGAAAAAUAUCUGUGACCCCCAUGUACCACCCCCCAGCCGUCUUACGAAGGCCUUCGGCACAGCUGACGUCGCGUAAGGUGCGUCCCGCGAGGAAGGACGUACCAGACCACGCGUAUUUACAGUUCCGAAAGGAGCGCAGCGUUUCACCACCGAAGGCGCCACCACGACGACAGGAAUCUCCGCAAAGGCAGUCUCAGCAGAGACCCUCCCAACUACCGCCUGUGGUUCCUUCGUUCCAAGCACGGGCGCACAAUGCCACAACUCCAGCAACAAGAGCGAAGAUUCCGCAUACUCAGCAAGUAUUUCGGGGCCUGCCGAGGCAGAGCGCGGCCCCACCGCCACCGCCAUUACAGGUGAGGAACUUGCCCACUGUCCCGCUCACAGGGCAAACUUUUCCCUCCAAAGGCGUUGGCGCCCCUCCCUUCGGCAGAGGCACUUCCGACCGCAAAACCCUCCCCAGCGUUGCUGAGCCUGUCUCCAGAACGUCUGUGAGGCCGCCUCCAGCCAACCCGACGACUCGCCAGUCCAGCAGAAACACUUCAACUCCAGAAACCGUUUAUACAGGGGGAUUUGGUAACAAAACCGCUCCGGCAUACUUGCGUAAGGAUCCCGCCACAAUCAGCACGAAGGGAAAUCCAAGGCCAUCAGUGACUAGUAUUCCAUUCGGGGCACAAUCAAAACCAGCACUCGCUAGUAUUCCUUCCGGGGCACAAUCAAAACCAGCAGUCACUAGUAUUCCGUCCGGGGCACAAUCAAAACCAGCAGUCACUACCAUUCCGUCGGGGGCACAAUCAAAACCAGCAGUCACUACUAUUCCGUCGGGGGCACAAUCAAAACCAGCCCGCUCUGUGACUCCUCAGACAAAAUCCAACUCACUUGCACCCACGCAGGCGAAGUCAUCCACUUCUGCCACGGAUCGAUUAAGGGCCACAAAGGCUGGAGUCAGUUACACGAAGCCGACGGCUGACUCGCCUUCAAAGACAUCCGGUGCAGCCCGUGGCUCACCACGCAGGACCGACGCGGAACAGGAGGCUAGAUCAGUCGUCAACAGGGCGUCUGUGGAAAAGUCCUCUGUUCCAGUAUUGUCACGUUCGGAGGCAAGCCCAACUCGACUGAAACAGGUGGGGCAUAACCUUAUUUCGUACAUGGCCGAUCGUCUGGAUAUGCUUCUGGUGGAUGAGGAGGAACUGGAGCGAAAGCACGCGAGUUCAUCAGUUAUUCAACGCGCCUACCGUAUGCACAGGGCUCGUAGAAUCCUGAACGAGAUGCGGGAGAUGCGGGGAUGUAAUCAUGUGUUGCGUGAAAUUAGAAUAACCAUUGCAACCCGCCAAAUUCAGCGAUGGUACCGAAGAUGUCUACCCACAAGAUGGGGGACUCGCUGGAAGACCAAAAGUCGGGAAGUUGUUGCCGGUGAACAGCACAAGGCAGCUAUACGCAUCCAGAAGAGGGCCCGAGUUUGGCUGGCAAAACGCAAAUUUGCGCGGAUGAAAUAUUAUGAAGAGAAUGCGGAGUACGCUGCGAUGAAGGUACAGUUGUGGUGGCGGUGCAUCAUGGCGAAGAGAGCGUUGGCGGAGCUGAAAAGGCUGCAUGAGGUCGCCAAAGGCAUUGCUGUUGAAAAGGAACGCCGCGAGUGCGCUGCCACCGUUAUCCAGAGCCACUGGAAGACGCGACAGGUGGAGCGGCAGACAAAAGCAGAAAGAUUGAGAGUCAAAGAGCUUCGGCGGAAAUAUGACGAAGCCCGCCGGAAAGCAGCAGCGGAGAAAAUCCAGACAUGGUGGUGCCUGCUCCUUGCUCGCGCAAAGCUUCAGCGGCUGAGAGAGGCACAAUUGAUCCGAGAGGCACGCCUUCGCGAGCACCAACGGAAGAUUGACGCGGCGACAAAGCUUCAGGCGUUUGGAAGAAUGAUCAUCGUAAGGAGAGAGGCAGAGCCACUGCUGACGACAGCUCGUAUAAAUGCGGCACGUGCUAUUCGUGAAAAAUGUGCAGAGAAUCAGGCGGCGUCUAAGAUUCAGCGCGCCUUCCGGGACUACUACGCCAAGGUGCAGCUGAGGCAACUUCGCCGAGACCGUCUCAGGAAGCUUAGGGAGGCGCGGUGGGCCACUCUUGUGGCUGCAACCCAGCGAAUUGGUCGCGGAUUUCGCGCCCGACAGGAACUGGGCUCUGUUCUGCAAGAGCUGAAUAUGGAGGCGAUUGAAUUCAGACGACGGGAGCGAGCUUUUGAAGUGGCGGAUUGUGCGUGGGAGACAGCGUCGGCUGGGCCCCAACCAGCGACACCUCCCACGCCUCGUGAAAAGGAUAUUGCCUUGGUGUUACGCCAAUCUUUGAACACACCAUUGAAAAAGUUUGAGACACUUCUUCCUGUCUCCGACGUGUUUCCAGGCGAUGUAAAUAAAGUGGAGGUUACUCCAACUAGGCCGGAAACUCCUCUGCGGGAUGCAGAGCACACUAUUGCAGCUGAAGAGACGCCCGAGGAAGAGCUCAAGGCGGAGCUGUCGGAUGUUGAGAAGGCUGAACAAGGGAUAGAGGAGACAUACCAGGAGGGAGAAAUUCAGAAGGAAAACCAAGAGCUAACGGCUGGGGAGGAGCAGGCUCUCGGUUUGCAGGAAACGAGGGCCCUCUUGACGGAGGAUGCGGAGGAAAAUGAGACGUCGACAAGUGUUUCACGAGAUUUACAGCACCAGGUUGGAGGGGAAGGAGUUCAGCUGCUUUCUCGUGGUGACGCUCUCGGAUCGUUGGAAUACGAAGAGGAGAUGGGAAAGAUAGAAGAGCCGGAGUUGGAACCCAGUCAGGGAGAGAAGGCGACAGAGCACUCUGAAGCAAAGUUGAUUCAAGAAGAAAGGGAUCGGUUGGAUGCACUUUACAGUGUCAUUUAUGAGUGGGAAAGGGAUGUUCUACGAAGACUGGCCAAAGAGGAGCGGAAACUGGAGGAACUGGAGUUGGACAAAAAUGUUCAACUGAAGGAAAAACCUGGGAGUUCACUGGAAGAACCCACAGCUGAGCCACGCGUCAUGUUAAGUGCUGCGGUACCUCCUGCGUCGGCGGCAGCCUCUUCGUCCUCAUUGGCAUCCUCGCCUCUCCCCCACGGAGAUGAGUUCGGGGACUCGUGCAGUUUGGAGGAGGCGUUGGCUAUUGAGCGGGAGAAGCGGCGGUGCGCCAUGGCAAAGGAGAAAAUGUUUCGCGCGGAACGGGAUGCGCUUCGCGCCAAGGCGAACGAGUACCGUCUGCAGAAAAUUGCAGCGGCUGAGAACCCGGAGGAAUUGCGUCAACUUAUCCCUCGUCCACCGCUUAGUCGCCGCCGGGUGGAAUUGCGGACGCCCACACCGUUGCAGUUGGUCUCCACCUCAGCCAUUCGGCGAAGGCAGCGGGAGCUGCAGGCGUUGGAUGCCGCGAGGAGGCAAGAUGAAGCUGCCCGGGACAUCACUCGCGUGGCCCGCGGCUGCCUAGAUCGCCGGUACUUUAAGGCCUUGAAGGCAAUAACGGAGGCGUACGUGGAGCACAGAGUGGAGCUGGACCGUGAAGAGCCCCCCGUGCUGGAUCACGAAUUGCUGCACCAGUUUGCCGAGAUGGAUCAGGCAGGGGCGGUUGAGGUGCGCAAUGUGCGGCAUACCACCGCAGUGCAGGCAUUUCUGCGGGCCGAAGCGAGUAUGAGGAUGAUUGGCGGCCUCAUGCAUCCUCCAAACUUCACGGAAGCGACCCCCACAACGAUCCCGCAGGUUGAGAGUCACCACCUUGCCUCGCUGCAAGGCUUCGUUUGUAUCGUUAGAGCAAAGCGAGAACGUGCGGGUCGUAAAGAGGCAGUGGCCGAUUACUUGUGCAGGUUGCGGAAGCUAGAGGUUGCUUCCACACUGAACAAUUUUGCGCGUGUGAUUCGCGCCAAAAAGGAGCGCGCCGCUCGUGUUUGUGCGGUGCUUCAUUACUUAAAUGAGGCAGAGGAGAGAGACGCCAUUGAGACGCAGGCUGCCAGUAAAAUUGUUGGUUUUUUGCGUAUGGUGGCAGCAGAAAAGGAGCUGUCUUGCCGCAAUGCGGCCAUAUUGGCUCAGAUGCGUGCGGAACAAGCCGCCAAAAAGUUGCUUUCUUUUAUGCGGGUAUGCCACGCCAAAAGUGAGCUGUGGAGGCGGCAACGAAUGAUAGAGGAGCAGCGCACGCUGGACAUUGAGAUUGAGGCCGUUCUGCAUUACGCGGCGAUGCGGGUACAGCGGGCGUACCGUGCCUACCGGGCGCGUCAGCUGGUGCAGGAGCGGCGCGAUGCGAAGAAGAAGUACUGGAGUACCAUUCGGGCCCAGGACGAGGAGAUUGCGGCCGCCAUGACUGCCAUUGCUGCAGAAGCAGCCGACCCGAAGGAGCUGUGGGCCAGCCUAGGCUACCACGCUGCUGAAGAGGAGUUUGAGCCGGACAGUGAUGUGGAGGAGCUGCUGCGGUGUGUAGUUAUGGUUCAACGGGCGGCACGAGGCUGGCUUGCGCGGCGGCGUGUGCAAGAACUUCAACAAAGACUUGAGAAGAACACCUCCGAGCGGCAGAAGCAGGAACGAGAGGAACCUCCAACCAGCGAAGGUAAUCAUGAAAAGGGCCACUGA